AUGGCCAACUUGUGCGCGCCGCUUUCUGUCACAGUGCCCCCUGCUCCCGCCCCCUCCCGGCUGCGCGCUGGACCACUGCCCGGUGGCAGAGCAUCCAGGCCUCCGAAAUCUAAUGCUGUCCAUCCUUCUGUAAAAAACAUUGACGAAAGACCUCUAAAGGACGAUGACAGUGGCGGGAGCGAAGAGCGGACCCCAGAGAGCCCCGAGCAGCCCCACUGCCCCCGGGGGCCCAGUUACCAUCACACCCCCGAGGAGCCGCAGCUGCCACGGCCGGCCGGUCACCAUCACCAGAACCGCAAGCAGCAGGACAAGACCCAACAGCCACCCACCGCCCCCGCCCUCAGCGCUGCAGACACCAAGCCCCGCACCACCUGCGCCGGCUUAGGAAGCAUGGCCCCGGGCGGCCUCACAUCGCUGGUGCCUGCUGGCAAGGACAAGAAGGUCAUCGCAAGGAAGGUUUUGGGAACAGUAAAACGGUUCAGUGUGAGAAACAGAUAUGGCUUCAUCAACAGGAAUGACACCAAGGAAGAUGCAUUUGUACACCAGACUGCCAUCAAGAACAGUAGCCCGGGAAGCACCUUCACGGUGCUAGAUGGAGAGACUGCGGAGCUGGAUGUUGGUGAAGGAGAAAAUGGUCCGGAGGCAGCAACUGUGACCAGCCCUGCUGGAGCUCCAGUGCAAGGCAGUAAAUAUGCAGCAGACCGGAACUAUUCUAGACACUUNCUACACUUUCCGAGGCGCAGGAGUCCGCCACGCAAUUCCCAGCAGAAUUACCAGAAUAGUGAGAGUGGGGAGAAGAAUGAGGGAUCAGAAAGUGCCCCCAAAGUCCAGACCCAACAGCGCCAGCCCUUCCAUAGGCGAUGGCGACCACCUUACUACCUGCAGAGACCCUCUGGGCGUGGACCACAGUAUGCCAUCCGUCCUGUGCAGGCAGAAGUGAUGGAAGGUGCUGACAACCAGGGUGCAGGAGAGCAGGGUAGGCCAGUGAGACAGAAUAUGUAUUGGGGUUGUAGACCACCAUUCCGUAGUCCUCCUCCCCAAGGACAGCCUAGACAGGAUGGCAAUGAGGAAGGUGAGGAAAAUCAAGGAGAUGAGAUCCAAGGUCAGCAGCCACGUCACUGUCGGUACCGCCACAACUUCAACUGCCAACACAGACGCCCAGAAAGCCCUAAAUCACAAGAUGGCAAAGAGACAAAAGCAGCCGAUCCACCAGCUGAGAGAGAAUUCCUCCACUCCUGGGCUGAGCGGGGCCGGGCUGAGUAG